AUGUUGUCUCGAAAAUGUAUAUUAUGCGAAGAAAACGGCAAGGAAAAUAAAACACAGUUUCUGCUCAGCCGAAGAUUGCUAUCGAUGUUAUACCGUAGAGUACCGGUUACAAAAUGGAUACAAGGAUAUCAUUGGAAAUAUAUCUUUUCUGAUACAUCUGCUGGGCUAACAAUGGGAAUUUUUAACGUGCCUCAAGGGAUGGCAUAUUCUGUACUAGCCAGUCUUACGCCAGUUUACGGACUGUACGCAUCAUUCUUCCCUCCUUUGUUAUACUUUUUCUUCGGGUCAUCUCGACAUAUCUCAAUCGGUGUUUUCUCCAUAACUUGCUUGAUGGUAGGACAAGCCAGGCUAGCGAUUCUACCUGACAAUGUGAAUGGAACGCAUGCAACGGAAUACAAAGGGAUGACUGACUUGACACCUGUUGAUGUUAUCAUUGCGCUGGCGUUCGUAACCGGUACGGUGCAAAUAGUACUGUGGAUUCUACACUUGUCUUUUCUUUCUGCAUACCUCUCUGACUCUGUGGUAUCCGGACUGACAUUUGGGGCCGCCGUCCAUGCUUUUAUAGCACAAAUUCCAAGUAUACUCGGAAUCAAGGCAAAAGAAGGGAAAACCAGUGGAUUUCUACACAUUUUCUCCAAAUUAUAUGGCAUUUGUAUUGCAAUACCGAGUACAAAUGUCGCUACAGUGAUUUUGUCAGCUGGAACAAUGUUAUUUCUUCUUUUGUGUAAACAUUUUAUUGAGCCGCCGUUGAUUAGAAGAAAAAUACCUCUGCCUUCCGAACUCAUUGCGCUUAUAGUGACAACGAUAUUGUCAAGAUUUCUCCACUUUCACGAGCGCUUUGGUGUAAAAAUUGUUAGCCACGUUCCAGUAGGACUUCCUGCCCCUAGUGUUCCCAGAUUCGAAUUAGCUCCUUAUUUGAUAGGCUAUGGAGUCAGUAUCGCCGUUGUCGCUUAUGUUGUCACACUUUCCAUGGGUAAAUUAUUUGCUCGAAAACAUAAGUAUCAAAUUGAUAACGAUCAGGAAAUGCUGGCACUAGGUUUAACCAGUUUCAUUUCAUCAUUUUUCUCUGUAUUUCCUACAUCGACAUCUCUUUCAAGAAGUUUGAUCAAUGAAAAUGCGGGAGCAAAGACACAGGUUUCGGGUCUCAUAUCUGCUUGUGCUAUACUUUGUGUGAUCCUCUUUAUUGCUCCUGUGCUUGAAUCUCUGCCAAAUUGUGUUCUAAGCUCUAUAGUAGCAGUAGCGCUGCUAUCCUUACUGAAAAAGAUUGCGGAAGUCCCAUAUUUGUGGAAGUUUUCAAAAACUGAUGUGAUAGCCUGGGUAGCAACUGCACUUGGAACUUUCUGCUGGGAUAUAAUUGAAGGUCUAGCCUGUGGUGUUGUCGUAGCCUUGAUGACUAUCAUUAUAAGAACGCAGAGACCGACAAUUUCACAACUGGGUAGAAUUGGAGAGCACAAGUUCCGCUGUAAGGCAACUUAUACUCUUGCGGUCUCAACAGAAGCUCCUGUGAUCAGAUUCGAUGCUCCAGUAAUAUUCACAAAUACCGAACUAUUAAAGAGUUCUAUACGAAGUACAAUGGAACGGGAACUUAACGGGGAUAACGAGAAUACAGAUGUGAAGUGGAGAGGAGUAAUUGUUGAUUGUAGAUCUUGGACUCAUACCGAUGCUAUGGGUGUAGAAGCAGUCAAGGAAAUAAACGAGGAGAUGUUGAACAAGAAAGUUCUCUUGAUUUUUGCAAAAUUAAACAGCGCGAUCAGAAUCCAGUAUGCUCGAGCCGGCCUCUUCAAGCAUCUAAGAGAAAGUCAAUUCUGUCCAAGUCUCGAAGAUGCAUUAACGGUUGCCAAAAUGUUGCAGUCAGAUAGUCAAGCAUUCUUCCAAUACGAGAAACACGAUAGUGUUGGAGUAUUAUGAACCAAUUUUCACAACUGAACUGUCGUGCUUAUCUGCUUUGUAUUGAAAUAAACA